UGAAACGCAUGCGCCGAAUAGAAAGUUUGUGGUUGCCUAAGUGCCGACAAAGAUGGAGAACUAUAAGUUGUUACAACGUAUGGGAAAAGGAGCACAAGGCUCUGUGUUUUUGGUUGAAGACCGACGAGACCAGGCGAAGUACGUACUGAAGAAGGUAGAAUGCUCAGAUGAAGGUGAGGCCAACAAAGCAUUCAAAGAGGCGAUGGCGCUACAGGAACUGCAGCAUCCUUAUGUCUGCGGUUAUAAGGAGUUCUUUGUCACUUGGGAUAAAGAGGAAGCAACUAUGUACGUAUGUAUUGUGAUGGACUACUACAAAAUGGGUGAUCUUGAUCGAGUCUUAAAGCAGAAGAGGACAAAGGGAGAGAAAGUUGAUGAGUUGAUUUUAAAGAAAUGGUUUGGCCAAAUGCUAGAAGCUUUGGUCUUUGUACACAAAAAGAAAGUUAUUCAUCGAGACUUGAAGCCUAGCAAUAUCUUCAUCACCUCAGACUUGAAUAUUUCCGUAGGUGACUUUGGAGUUGCUACAGUGAUGGGUGAUGCCAGGACCAGUGCCAGGACUACUAAACAUGCAUUAAAAGACAUUGAGAAGGAGUACUCAGUAGAUAUCUGCCACUUGAUACGGACGAUGUUGAGGAGGAACUUCCAGCAGAGACCUACAGCUAUAGAGCUUGUUGAGAUUCCAUUUGUUAAGAACUGCUUGGCAUUGAGUGGCUCAGAAUUAGCUGGAAAAAAGAAAGAAAAACAGAAAAACUCAAAAUCACCAGACAAAGGUGCAAGUGUGGCUGACACCAUUAAAUUCAUGAAAGAAAAUAAAGACAAUGGAAUUAGUGUAGCAAAUGCAUUGAGACAUCUAAAUACAUUGAAUAAACCUCAGCUAGAUGAGAGCAGUAGACAACUAGUUGUAAAGAGCAUGAAAGAGAAUAUGUCGGAGGUGGACGUCCAAACAGAAGCCUGUAAACUUAUAUUAACAUUAGCUGCAGCAUCUGAUAUUGAAGAAGAUACAGAAGAUUUCCUAUUUUCCUCUGAAGUUAUAGCCACUGUCAGCCUUGUUAUGCAGUCCCAUGCCAGCUCAAGAGAAUUACAAGGUGCUGCCUGUUUACUCUUGAAAACCUUAGCCCUAAGCGAGGAUGCUGCCGGAAAGAUAGGUUUAGGAGGCGGCAUACAAGACAUUUUAUCGGCAAUGAGAUCAUUCCCUGGUGAUGCAACUAUUGCAGCCAACUGUGCAAGCGCUCUCUCAUGUCUGACAAUAAAUGACAAAAACAUAGAGAUAAUGCGAGAGGAAAAGGGAGUAAUGGAUUUAAUGAAUGUGAUGCGAGAACACGGCUCAUCCGCCUCUGUCAUUGAUUUUGCCUGCUCUGCUUUAUGGGGACUUUCAUUAGAAGAUGAGAAUGUAGAGAUGAUGACAGAUGCCGGUGCAACUGAUCUUCUACUGGAUGCUCUUAAGACUCACCAGAAGAAUGCGGAUGUUGCAAAGAAUGCAUGCAUGGCAUUGGCAAGUUUAGUUGGUGAAUCCGAGGCGUGUGCAUACAGUAUUCUCAAUUCAAGUGAGGGUGGUAUGGAAACCGUCUGCAACGCAUACCGCAGCCAUAAGGACAACCCAGAUGUGGUGGAGAAUGUUGCUUGUUUCUUUAUGGAACUUUCAGAAAUUGAUGAUAUGAUUGAUGGUUUGAAAAGUUGCAAAGUGGAUGAAAUUAUGAAGGAAGCUAGAGUAAAGCACGCUUCAAAUGAGGAAAUCAUGGGCUAUGUUCAGUCAGUACUAGCUAAACUUGGAGUUGGCAAGGCCCCAGCUUCAAGACCGGUGUCUGCCAGAGUCAGGAACAAGUGAACAAGUACAAUGGAUGAAAUACCGCCCUCAAGGUGUUCCUGUUCCCAACUAUUCUUCCUCUUUCAUCUCAAUCAGCAUUAUCUUUUUUUCAUUAUUAUAAGUUCAUGAGACUCAAACCAUACAA